AUGUCCUUGGCUCCAACUGGAAACAUGCAACUACCGCAACCCACGGUGAUGGCUCUGAGUCUGAUCCUCACCAUCGGUCCCUACAGACAUCGCAAGGACUUGAGCAGGCAGCCAGUGCUUCUGAAGUAUCUGAUUAUUGGAUAUAUCGCCGCAGGAACCUAUGGAAAAGUGUAUAAGGCCCGUUUGAAGCUGCUGGCGAAAAACGAAGGUGAUGAAGCAGGUGACACUACUGAGCCUUCAGGGACAGAUAAUCAGUUGAAUUUGAGUCGUACAGAGAGUCAAGUACCCGACGAAGACGCCCCGUUCUUCGCUAUCAAGAAGUUCAAGUCAGAUAAUCAUCUUCCGGCCAAACCUUCAGCGAUGCACAUGAACGGACAUAAUGGUCACGACAACGGUCAUGAAAUCGUCCAUUACACUGGAAUUUCACAAUCAGCAAUUCGUGAAAUGUCAUUGUGUCGAGAGUUGAGCCAUAAAAAUAUCACUAAGCUCUUGGAGAUUAUUUUGGAAAACAAAUCCAUCUACAUGAUCUUUGAGUUUUUUGAGCACGAUUUGCUCCAAAUCAUCCAUUUCCACUCACAUCCAGAAAUGAGGCCCAUUCCUGAACAGGCGGUCAAGUCUUUGAUUUGGCAGGUGCUCAACGGUGUGACGUUUCUUCACAAGAACUGGAUUUUCCACCGAGAUUUGAAACCUGCCAAUAUCAUGGUGUCCAGCGACGGCGUGGUGAAAAUCGGCGACUUGGGGCUUGCACGAAAGUUCAACAAUCCUCUCCAGAGCUUAUAUACGGGAGACAAGGUCGUGGUGACUAUCUGGUAUAGAGCACCAGAGCUUUUGCUUGGAACCAGACAUUACACUCCAGCCAUUGACUUGUGGGCUGUAGGGUGCAUCUUGGCAGAGCUUCUAUCGUUACGGCCAAUUUUCAAGGGAGAGGAAGCCAAGAUCGAUAUGAGCAACAAAAAGCUGAUACCGUUCCAGAAAAAUCAGCUUCAGAAGAUCUUUGAGAUCUUGGGCACUCCUUCCAGUGAAGUGUGGCCAACACUCCUGAAGUAUCCAGACUACUACGCUUUCCAGCAGCAAUUUCUUCAGAGUAGCUCUGCUGUGUAUCAACCAAAUCUUACCAAUUGGUAUAAGAUGGUUGGAGGCAAGAACAAGCAGUGUCUUUCAUUAUUGCGAGACUUAUUGGAAUACGAUCCAGUCACACGGGUGACGGCGGAUGAUGCUUUGGUGCAUCCAUAUUUUUUGGAGCCUCCAAAGGUCCACGAGCAUGCAUUUGAAGGGUUGAACAUCAAGUAUCCAAAGAGAAGAAUUUAUACUGAUGACAUUGACAUAACGUCUCAUGCAAACAAUUUCAAUGCAUCCAAGAGACAUGGAAUUGAUGAUGGCCUAAUGCGGAAGAGACAGAGGUAG